GAGUAUAAAAGUUUGGCCGCUUCACCAGACAGACUAUUUUUGCGAGUGGCUAAGUGCUAGCGCGAAAAAAACAGGUGUCUGUUUGCUGCUGGUUGAAGCAUCCCACAAAGUCAGCAGAUAUGGGAGUGGUCCGAUGGCUAGCCCUGCUGACGGUGGCCGCCCUGGCCGUGCAGUCCAAGUCCGACCCGGACUGCGGAGAUUUGAACGGCUGGCAGGAGUGUCUGUGUUCCAAUGACGAGUACCAAGUAAGGCGCCUGCACCGAGGUCUGUGGGUCUCAACAACUGUGCACGACGAGUCCCUGACAACAGCGUACAACAAUGCCCGCUUCCGGCUGUCCAAGUUCCUUAAUGGUGACAAUGACCAAGGAACGAGUAUCCAGCGAGAGUCUCCGUACGUCCUGCAGACCCACAGCGGGAAGGACGAGCAGCGAGAAGUCACCGUGUCUGUUCUGCUGCCCAAGAAGCUGUGGAAGAUGCCACCCAUUCCAACAGAUGGGAAGGUGGUCAUGGAAAUUGUCCCGGAGACAAUCAUGUACGUCAGAAUCUUCCCGCAAAAGGCGGCUGGUUUUGUGGCAGACAGGGAGGCAAAGAGAUUCUUCCAGCUGCUCAGUAAGAACGAGGAACCUAUCAUUGGUCAGGACGACUACUAUUACAUCUUCCAGUACAAGAGGUCACCCACCAAGCCUUCAGUCAACGAGAUUGCCAUUUUUGCCAUGAACAAGCACACUCACGAGUUCUACAGCCGGGCCGAGGGGCUGGAUCACAGUGACAUGAGGCUGCCCAAAUGUAUCCAGAGCCAGUGUAACUCCCACCAGGACACGUGCGGCGUGCACAGCUCAGUGACGUGGUCUCACGAUGAGGAGGUCAUCAAUGUGGACUUGGAACGCGAGUGUCAAAAGGAUCACUGUGCUUCUGCUGGCCAUGGCUGUCAUUACAAGCUGGAGAAGAGCUACACUCCCAGCACUGAAGUACGCAAGUAUUUUGAACAAGCCAUUCUGGAAGUUCCUGUUCACACAUGUAAUGCAGAAGAUGUGGAUGCAUUGGGUCAACCCAUUUUCUUUGAGUACAUGAAAGAUCUUGGCAAGAUGAAGGAGUUUUCCAUGAUGCACUCUGAGUGGACUGUAAUGGCCAAGGAGAACACUUGGAACAAGAAAUCCUGCCCCAACCAGUUUCUCUACAGAUGUACUGUUGAUGCUGACUUCAAGGGUGAAGAAACAGAGGCAGUCCACAAGCAGUCGUGGAAAAGCCACAAGAUGGCAGCCAAGUGCCUGGCAGGGUACGCAGAUGCCGACACUCUGUUCACCAUGGCGAAGAGGCUUCACAACGACCUACACAGGUUCGGUGUGGACCACUGCGCUGGGAACUUUGUCACUGAUCAGUUCUAUGGCGAGUCUCGACUGUUUGACAGGUUCAAUGAGGUGAAGUUUGAUGUGAAGCCAAGCUGCAGCUGGUAUGAAGGUGACCCCAUUGUAGACUUCAGACAUCCAGAGGACAGGCUUGAGUCUGUGGAACCCCUGAAGGUGGGACAUCACUGCGAUCAUUCUGACGAUGAGAACCAUCAUCACUCCGACUGUCUGGUUCCUGAGAGGGUGGAGCAGUAUGGAAAAAUCCAUGAGAAUUUUUACAACAAAGCUGCUGGAGUCUUUGUCAGUAUUAAGGACUGCACCGCAGAAUCUGCCAAGAGGAAGGCCAUGAGCAUCAUCCUGAAGUACAUCAACGGCUACAACAAAGAGGAAGUCGCCUUUAAGAUGCUCAAACCAGUUCUCACCAUGGACCCCAGAACCUUGGGUCACGAGAUGAGUGAAUGUGACGUUACAUACACCACCGUCGCCUUCUUACCGGAAGAACACCUGGAAAAUCCACCAGAGCCUGUUGAUAACAGAAUAAUUGUAAUAAAGGCUGAUGACUUUGCGGCGUACCAGCUGCCGUACCACGUGCCGCCGGGAGAGGACGUGUUUGGGGAACGUUUCCUGGAGCUAGCACGCAACAUGACUCUAUCCAUGAGAGACUUGGAUUUGGAUGGCAAAUUCUUCCACACUGGUGGAGUUGCUGACUAUGACUUGGACAGUGAUGUCCAGGGGGAACACUUUAAGGAGAUCUGGUUGCUGAAACAGAGUUAUUCACUGCUGCACGAGUUCCAGAAGGCCCUUGACACGUCUGUACCAGAUGUACUGAAGCCGCUGUUCUACUGGCCUGAGGAAGAGGAAGACAGGACGUACCCCGAGGGUUGUCCUGGGGAUGACUGCUUUGUACCAGAGAUCCUGGGAGAAAAUGCCGGAUACAUCGAGCACAAGUUCCAUGUUGACUACUGGGCAUGUGUCCAGAGCACUGAGCACAGCUGUGGCCACCCAAGUGUCUCUCGCUCCAUGCUGAAAGCCACUGCAGAUUAUUUCAAUGGAAACAACGAGGCCGGUACUAAAGCCGACCAGAAAAUGAGCCCUGCUGUCACUACCCACACCACAAAGACACCACCCGAUGAGAGAGCUGCCGGCACCUGUAAGGACACAUUUGAGAUCUGCAUGCCUGUACCAAAGGGCUUCUCUGAUGGAGAGCCUCCUGCACCAACCAAUGAUGCGGUGGUGAUUAAGAAGGGACAGAGUCUACAGACGUAUGUGGUGAAGAGGGAUGGGCCCAUCGCCCAAGGGGCUGUCGAUGAAGCCCUGAAGAAUGUUCGUUUGAGCCUGGAUAAACACGGCAUGCUGUAUGAUCAGUCCGUAGAUGUGGUUUACACCUACCACGGAUGGAAUGAGGAUGAGGAACAUCAGAACUUCUACGCUGGCUAUGCCAUGGCACCUUGGGGCGAUGGUCUCGGAAUGCCUGACAUUGUGAACAUGUUCCCUCCCGAGUGUCCAAAUGGCACGUGUUUCAUCCCAGAGAAGAUCGGUGAACAUCAGGGAUUCCUGGAGCACAAGUUCUCCCUCGGAAACUUUAUUUGUGGAAAGGGUGAAAUAGAAGACUGUGCCAACCCACAGAUCACCGCCCCUAUUUUCUCAGCAGUCCGGGGUUACUUUGAGGGCAAAAAUGAAGCAGAAGCAACUGCAGGCAUAAUACAGCCCAGUAUCUUCAGCUGGACUUACAGAACGGAUAAGGCUGAAAUUGCUGCGGGAAAAUGCAGGGACUUCUACGAAUUUUGCGUGCCUGUUCCGAGGGACUUCAUGGAGAAAGGAAUCCCAGCUCCCACUGAAGAUAAUGUUUACAUCAAGAAAGGAGCAACCCUGCAGACGUUCGUGACAAGGAAGAUGGGUUUCAGACACGCAGAAACGUAUGCAGCAGCAAUCGAGAGGGUACGCACUAGCAUCGAUUUGGAGGGACUUGGAUAUGACCAGAGUGUCCAUGUUUACUAUGGGUAUGGUGGCCUUGCUGAAGCCGGUGAUUUUGGAGUGUUGUUUGCUGGUUUUGCCAUGCCCCCAUGGGGCGAUGGACUCGCCAACGAAGCUCCCACAUUCCCCGAUGACUGUCCAAAUGAUAACUGCUUCCUCCCAACAACUAUCGGAGAACAUGAUGGUCUGAUUGAACACAAGAUUGAUGCUAAAAACUGGGUUUGUUACAAGAAGAAUGUUACCGACUGCACAUCCUGGGGUUCUGAGGAAGGGAUGUACGAUGUCGUCAGGAAGUACUUUUCCGGCAGCAACACAGCAGGACUGAAGGCAGAGGUCAUCAGCCCUGCCAUCACCGCUUAUAUAACAUAUACAAACGAGACUGAUAUGGAUUCAACCUGCAACGAUAUGCUGGAACUCUGCAUUCCCCUGCCGAGGGAGUACCAGAAGAAAGAACCACCAGCACCAACAGAUGAUCGGCUUUACAUCAAGAAGAGGAAAGGUGGCCUACAGACACUUGUGACCAAGAAGAAGGGAUUGAAGACCAUAGACGCCAUCAAUGAUUCCUUCAAUCAGACACGCGAGGGCCUGGAUUCACACGGGCUCAACUAUGACUCGAGUGUAGAUUUGUGGUACAGCUAUACUAAGCUACCAGAAGACAGGGACUACCAGGUGUUCUUUACCGGAUAUGCUGAUCCUGACUGGACUGACGGAGUUGGCAAGGGGCUGACAGCUUUCCCGGAGGACUGUCCAGGCGAAAACUGCUACGUACCCGAAGUUAUUGGAGACUAUCAAACGCACAAGUUCACUGCCAAGAACUGGGUGUGUUAUCAGAGUAAGGUGUACAACUGUGGCCAUCCUGAACUGGAUCCGUACACUUUCCGCGCCGUCAGGAGUUACUUCGAAGGGAACAACGAAGCAGGAAUAACAGCUGAAAUCAUCCUGCCUGGAAUCACCACUUACAUAGCAAGGACAUCACAAGCUGACAGGGCUGCUGGGAUCUGCCACGAUGUCUUUGAAUUCUGUGUCCCCUUCCCGAGGAAACUGCAGGACGGAGUGCCUCCUGCACCCAACAGUAGAAAGGUUUACAUAAAGAGUGAUGAAAGCCUGCAAGCCUAUGUCAGGAGAGUGUCAGCCUUCCCGACCCAAGAAAGAAUCAAUAAGAAUCUAGCAGCAGUUCGUAAGAGCCUGGACAAAACUAGUCUUCCACAUGAUCAGACAGCCAACGUGUUCUACAACUUUGCUGGGCCAGUGGAAGACAGAGAUAACCAGGUCUUCUUCACCGGCUACCCCAAGGCUCCGUGGGGAGAUGGACUGGCAACUGUAGUGGAGGAGUUCCCCCCCAACUGCCCCAACAAGAACUGCUUCCUCCCAGAAAUAGUCGGCACUUAUGGACCCUUCUUGGAGCACAAGUUUGAAGCUGAGAACUGGGUUUGUGUAAAGAGGCAUGUGAUCCACUGUGGUGAGCCUGAGCUCUCUCCAUCCAUGUACAAGUCCAUCAGGAGGUACUUCCAAGGUAGCAACGAUGCAGGCAAGAAGGCAGAUGUCAUCGUUCCUGGGAUCACUACUUACAUUGCCAACACUACUGAGAUGGAGAAAGCUGGACAACUCUGCAGAGAUAUGUACGAGUUCUGUGUGCCUCUGCCAGAAGACUUCACAAAAGAGACAAUUCCUUCUCCAACUGAGCAAGGGGUUUAUAUAAAGAAGGGAGGAAGCCUACAGACGUUUGUGACAUCUCGGAUAGGAUACAGAACCCAGGAAGCAAUCAAAGAAGGUCUGAAGGAUGUACGCAAAAGGCUGGAUAGGGAACAGCUUGGCUAUGAUCAGACUGUUGAUGUAGUUUACACCUACGCUGGACCAUCUGAAUCCCACGACUACCAGAUCUUCUUCGUUGGGUAUGCCAAGGCUCCUUGGGGAAACGGACACGGAGAUACACCAACGACCUUCCCAGACACCUGUCCCAGCGACACCUGUUAUCUCCCAGAGAUACUUGCAGAGGAAAACGGGUUUGCUGAACACAAGUUUAACGCUGAACAAUGGGCUUGCGUGCAGAGGAAUGUGACAGACUGUGGGAACCCUCAGUUCACUCCAGAUAUGGCCGUACCCAUCAGGGGGUACUUCAGUGGCGAGAACGAUGCUGAGCUGACAGCAGAUGUAAUUUUCCCUGGUGUCAGUUCGCUCAUAUGUCUGACAACGAAGGCUGAGAAAGCUGCUGGUAUCUGCAAAGAUGUGUUUGAGUUCUGUGUGCCUCUGCCGAAGUCAUUCUUGGAAGGAGAUGCUCCACCAGCUCCAACUGGAGAAAGGGUUUACAUCAAGAAGGGUCAUCUGGAGGCUUACACCAAGAGAAUCACAGGGUACAGGACCCAGAAGGCCAUCGGAAAAGCUCUGAAGAAAGUACGCAAGAGCCUGGACAAAUACAACAUGGACUAUGAUCAGACUGUUGAUGUGGUGUACACUUAUGGCGGACCAAAUGAGAAUAAGAGAUAUGAAGUGUUCUACGCUGGGUAUGCCAAGGCGCCUUGGGGAAAUGGCCGGAGACAGACAGUUGUGGACAUGCCCUCUACAUGCCCAAGCGACUCCUGCUUUGUCCCAGAAACCAAGGAAGCUCACAACAUGAUAGAACACACAUUUGAUGUUGAAAACUGGGUGUGUGUGAAGAGGAAUGUAAUCCACUGUGGUCCUCCAGAACUUUCCCCGUCUAUCUUUGAGGGUAUCAGAGAGUACCUCAGUGGUGGCAACGAGGCAGGGAAGAAAACAGAUGCAUUCAUGCACCCUGGUGUCAAAACUAAAACAGCAAAGACAGGGAGUAAAGCAGCCGCUGGUUUCGAGUGCCACGAUACGUUUGAGUUCUGUGUACCUCUGCCUGAAGAGUUCAACGACCUGCCUGCUCCCACUGUAGGAGGGGUUUAUCUGAAGACAGGAGCCAAGCUGCAUACCUACGUGACAAAGAGGAUUGGUUACGAAUCCCAGACAGCGAUUGACUCAGCUCUGCACCAUGUUAAGGACUGUCUCCACAGACAUGCUGGCGAAUUUGAUGAGACUGUUGAUGUUGUCUACUCGUUUGCUGGCCCUGCUGAAGCCCACGACUACAAGACGUUCUAUGUCGGGUACGCCAAGGCACCGUGGGGCGAUGGACUGGGAAACGGAGUCAUGGCCACACCGACUGACUGCCCGAGUGAUACCUGCUUCCUACCCGAAAUCAUGGCAGAACACAACAACAUGUUUGAGCACAAGUUUGGCAGUGAAAACUGGGUUUGUGUGAAGAGAGUCAUUGAAGACUGCAGCAAGCCUGACUUCUCAACCUCAAACUUCAAGUACAUCAGAAAAUACUUCAGUGGCAACAAUGCAGCAAGACUGGUCAUUGAACUGAUUAUACUUCCUGGAGUCACUACUUACAUCAGGAAGACAUCACAGGCUGACAUUGCUGCUGGUAUCUGUAAGGAUGUGUAUGAGUUCUGUGUGCCUGUACCCAGAGACUUGAAGGGAGAACCUCCAGCUCCUACAGAUGAUGAGGUUUACAUAAAGAAGGGAGCCACUCUGCAGACAUAUGUCACAAGGACACAGGACAGGAGAACCCAGACUGCUAUCAACAGUGCUCUUAGCAAAGUACGGGAGGAUCUGAACACACAUGACCUGCACUAUGAUCAGACUGUAGAUGUGGUGUACUCCUACCAUGGACCCAGUGAGGACCACGACUAUCAGGUGUUCUUUGCGGGCUAUGCCAAGGCACCUUGGGGUAACGGACUGGGGAAGGACAUUGUGACCUUCCCUGAUGACUGUGCAACAAACAACAACUGCUUCCUGCCAGAAACUCUCAGUGAAGAGGAUGGCUUCAUCGAGCACAAGUUUGAUGCUGAAAACUGGGUUUGUGAGCAGAAGGAUAUAACUGACUGUAGAUUCCCCGACCUCGACCCCUCCUUCUUCUCCCCCAUCAGAAACUACUUCAAGGGUGAAAAUGAAGCAGGACUUAAGGCAGAAAUCAUUCUCCCUGGAAUCACCAGCUUGACAUACAAUGGCAGCUGCCCUGUCCGCUUUGAGUUCUGUGUUCCACUGCCGAAGGACAAGCAGGAAGGAGAACCUCCUGCACCAAAGGAAGAGGGGGUCAUUAUCAAGAAGGGAGCCAGUCUCCAGGCAUAUGUGACCAGGAGGACAGGAUUCAGGGACCAGGAUGCCAUCAGUGAAGCACUGCACUCUGUCAGGACCAGGCUGGACAGAAAUGGGCUUGAGUAUGAUCAGACCGUUGAUGUGGUGUACACCUACGCUGGGCCUACUGAGUACCAGGAGCACCAGGUGUUCUUUGCUGGGUAUGCCAAGGCUCCCUGGGGAGAUGGUCUGGGCAAGGGGGUGGUCGACUACCCGUCCGACUGUCCUAGUGACACCUGCUACCUGCCUGAAACUGUUGGGGAGAAGGAAGGCUUUGUGGAGCACAAGUUUGAAGCUGAAAACUGGGUCUGUGUUCAGGAGGAUGUGAGGAUGUGUGGACAUCCUCAGCCAUCCAUGGCUACCUUCAGAGCUGUCAGGGGAUACUUCAGCGGCAACAACAGUGCAAAAAUGACGGCUACCAUUGUCUUCCCUGGAAUGACUUCAGUCACAUUGUCACCGACCGUGUUGCGUGACCGAGCCAUUGGAAUCUGCAACGAUGUGUUCGAGUUCUGCGUCCCUCUUCCCAAGGACUGGCCCCAGGACGAGCCACCUACUCCUACUGAUGACAAGGUGCACGUUAAGAAGGGAGCGUCCAUGCAGGCGUAUGUGACCAGGAGGGUUGGCUUCAAGACACAGACUGCCAUCAAUGAAGCUCUGGAGAGUGUCCGGCACAGCUUGGAAAGGCAUGGGCUACAGUAUGACCAGAGUGUUGAUGUGGUCUACGAUUACAACGGGCCAACUGAAAACCAGGGCUAUGGAGUCUUCUUUGUAGGAUAUGCCAAGGCACCAUGGGGCAACGGCUUUGGGGAGGGGGUGGUUGACUGGCCGUCUACCUGUCCCAGUGACACAUGCUUCCUGCCGGAGGUAGUCAGCGAAAAUGAAGGAUUCAUUGAGCACAAGUUUGCCAUCGAAAACUGGGUUUGUGAGCAGAGGCAUGUCAUAGAGUGUGGUCACCCACUGCUCAUGCCAUCCAUGCACAGGGGUAUCAGGAGAUACUUCAGUGGCAACAAUGAGGCUAAAGCAACAGCAGAGACCAUAGUACCAGGUCCCACCAGUUACAUAGCAAAGACCAGCACUUAUGAAGCAGACAUUGGUAUCUGCAAUGAUGUGUUUGAGUUCUGUGUACCAGUUCCUCCCAGUUUGAACGAUGGAGAACCACCUGCACCCACUGAAGAUGGAGUUGUGUUGAAGAAGGGAUCUACCCUGCACACCUAUGUAACCAGGAGGACUGGGUACUGGAGCCGGAAAAUGAUCGAUGAAGCACAGACUAGUGUGAGGAACAGCUUGAACGCGCGUGGACUUGACUUUGAUCAGACUGUUGACGUACUAUACAACUUCCACGGUGCAACUGAGAUUAACGCCUACCAAGUCAACUUCAUCGGCUUUGCCAAGGCUCCCUGGGGAAACGGGCUCAGGACGGAGGUGAAAGACCACCCUGAGGACUGUCCCAGUGACACCUGCUUCCUGCCUGAAACUGUGUCAGAAAAGGACGGCUUCAUCGAGCACAAGUUCACCGCAGAAAACUGGGUGUGUGUGGAGAGGAAUGUGAUUGACUGUGGCCACCCGGAACUUUCCGCCUCCAUGAUUCACAGCAUCAUGCGCUACAAGAUGGAGGCAGGGAUUAUGGACGUCACACUUGAACCUGCUCUCACUGCUGUGAUGUCGAAAUCUGACAAGACUCAUGGUUCCUGCAAGGACGUGUUUGAGUUCUGUGUGCCUCUGCCAAAGAAGUUCCAGGAGGCAGACCCACCUGCACCCACAGAGAAGGGGGUUAUCCUGAGGAAGGGUGUGAACCUGCAGACAUACGUGGUGAAGAGGACUGGUUACAGGACCCAGAAGGCCAUCGAUGGAGCACUCCACAUUGUGCACGAGAGUCUGGAGGGAUCGGAGUCAGAGUAUGAUCAGACUGUUGACGUGGUCUACUCUUUCGCUGGGCCGAUUGAAAACACAGACUACCAAGUGUUCUACGCUGGCUAUGCCAAGGGAUGGGGGGGGGUUGACGUCAUCAGAUCUGCGGAAUACUAUUGGCCGUUCGAUUCUGUGCAGAACGGAGUCGUCGAAGAGUUAAACUCUGGGCGUCAUGGCACGGUCAACGGGAGCGUAGGGACAGCAAGUGCUAUAGUGAAUGACGGGAUUGUCCUGGACGGCGGGCCGAACUUUGUGACCCUGGGUGACUUCACGGAUACCUGUGUGGCCAGCCCCGCUCUCUGCGCACAGACAGGAUUUUCCGUGUCCGUUUGGUGGAAGAACUCGGAGCUGAUCAGCCGACAGUGCAUCACGUCAGGCGGGAAGGGCCUGUCUGACGGACUGUCUCUCUACACCAUCAGUCCCACCUUCGGGACGGAGUUCUACAUCAGGAGCGGCAACAUACUGUGGAAGGCAGAAUUCCCUUCACCAAGUGACACGUGGAGCCACUUUGUAUUUACCUGGAACCAGGCUGAUAGCCUAGGUGUUUGGCAAGACGGCGUCAAACUGUCUGUCACAGUCACCUCCACUGUUGGCACCAACUACGGCGCUGUGCACAACAACCUGGUAGUGGGUACCAACAACGACCAGUCGUAUGAUGAGUACUGUACCGGCUCGUUUGACGAGCUGGCGAUCUGGGGUCGCAAGCUGACAGAUCCGGAGGUCCAGUACUACUACCAAGCGUCGACUGGGACCACCAUUGGCGUGGACACUGUUAGGAUAGAGGUCGACACACUCACCAACGCCACCUAUGAAAAGGCCGCCGAACUGCUGCAGGCUCUUCUGGCGGUAACGGUCCCAGGAACAUACGUUAUAGACACGGAUAUCACUGAAGCCGUCUCCGUCUUGGAGAAGCUGUUAGAUCUCCUUCCAGAAGAAAGAGUGGAAGCAAAUAUUGCUUCUGAUCUUUCUAAGAGGUUCUUCGAGGAGACAGGACAAGUCAUGAGUGACCUGGACCAGUAUGGCUGGGGCAACAUGACUCAGUACGUGAGAGACAGUACGUUGUCUGAUCUGUCACGUGUCAUCGAUCAGUUCAACAUACACUUGGGAAGUCACGUGCUUCCGUCAGGAGCCACAACUGUCCUGAGUUCAGGAGACAACGGCAUUUCCAACUUUAGCGUCACCGUGCGGCCUUCAGCAGUACUACAACAUGCUGAUUACGUGUUUCCAGAUGAUGACUCUGAUGCUACUGUACAGAUCCCGGCUUCCCUUGAAGCAGAGGAAACCGCCAGACUUUGGUGUGUGCACCUAGACCUGACAGGUGAUGUCGGUGUGUGGUCAGACGCAGGGUGUGUCAUCCACUCCUCCAACUCCACCCACACCGUGUGCAGCUGUAACCACAUGACAAACUACGCCAUCCUCAUGCAGGUGGUGGAUGUGCACAUGGACCAUGGGAACAGAGUUGCUCUCCAGGUGAUCACCUAUGUGGGGUGUGGGCUGUCCAUCAUCUGUCUGUUCGUCACUAUCAUCGUGUUCCUGGGACUUUCGAGUAUCCAAGCAGACAAGACGCAUGCGCACGUCAACCUGUGCGUCUGUCUGCUCCUGGCACAGUCACUCUUCCUGAUCGGGAGUGGGUGGACUCCUGGCACGGUUCGUCAGGCAUUUAAGCGUAGAGCGUACACAUGGAGCGUCAGCCGCGGGAACAUCCCGGGGAGAGCCGACACCAUAAGGGUCAAACCGUUCGACUCGGACGUGAUUCGCCCUGAGUCCCAUAGUUCCACAAAGUCCAACAAAAAUACUCCAACUCCGGAGCUGAUGCCUUCAGUUGUCUCCACCACCCACCUUCCUAAUAUGGAGUCCUCAGACCCGGACGUUUUCGUUACCCCCCUGUCCAACAUGGACCCUUCCGUGCCGCAGCCUGUCCCCAGGAGAAAACUAUCCAGGAUGCCUUCCACAGAAGUGUAGAAAG